AUGAAACUGAAGCCGCUGAUCUGCCAAACUGGAUGGACGCACCUCUUUCUUUUUAUCGUUUUCUAUCAAUUCAAAUCUCAAGGUCGGAUUAGGAGGGCCCAGUGCUUCCCCUGGGCCCGCUACAGUCUUGAGACCGAGAGAAAGAGGAGUUACCUCGAGAAGCAAAAGGUCUUGCACCUUCUCGUUACCUUCGCCGCUCAGAAUAGCGACCGGGACAGCAACACCUUAAACAACGGCCUCGUCGGGGUUGAUGCUCUUGCAAAGCUCUUUCUGCAAAAGGUCUUGCACCUUCUCGUUAACUUCGCCGCUCAAAAUAGCGGCCUGGACAACAGCACCUUAAGCAACGGCCUCGCGGGGUUGAUGCUCUUGCAAAGCUAUUUCCCGUAG